UAAGCCACACCCCCAUCCCAUACCUUCUUGGACCUUCGGGCAUCUUCUAAAAUCUAGACUCCCCUCUUAUCUCGUUAGCCUAAGUCAGCCAGAGCAAUUUUAGGUCUUAGUCCUAGUUUCUUCCACUGGAUUUAGGUUUUGAACUUAACGAUCGCCUGCGGUGAGAAUCCACGGCUUUUGUAUUCUUGGCGUGAGCUUGCAGCGCGUUCGGUCGUAGUGGGGGUGAGGGUAGAAGCAUGGCAGAUUCCCAGGCUUGCUUGCUCCUGAAGAAGCAACUGAGAGAUUUGUUAAAGAAUCCUGUCGAUGGGUUCUCGGCCGGCCUCGUGGACGAUUCUAAUCUCUUCGAGUGGCAAGUUACGAUCAUCGGACCGCCAGAUACCCUUUAUGAGGGUGGUUUCUUCAAUGCAAUCAUGAGCUUCCCAAACAACUACCCCAACAGCCCACCGCAAGUGCGGUUCACGUCGGAAAUGUGGCACCCAAACGUCUACCCGGACGGCCGGGUGUGCAUAUCGAUUCUGCAUGCGCCUGGCGAUGACCCCAAUGGCUACGAGCUGGCCAGCGAACGCUGGUCGCCUGUGCACACUGUGGAAACCAUCCUGCUGAGCAUCAUCUCCAUGCUGUCAAGCCCCAACGACGAGUCGCCUGCCAAUAUUGAUGCAGCGAAAGAGUGGCGGGAGACGCGGGAUGUGUUCAAGAAAAAGGUUGGCCGAUGUGUAAGAAAAUCGCAAGAGGAGAUGUGACCUCGCUUUGGACACCCUUGUUUGGCUGAACUGUGUAGGCGUGCUGGUUAGGUAGUGUCAUUGUAGAGCCUUGCCUCUAUGUGGACUUUUAGAUGUGACAAGUUUCGCCUAAAGCAUUAGUUAGAGGGUUCAGUCAUUUGGUGUGUGUAGAAUUCUAGCACGUAAGAAUCAAUUGCUGAUUGGUAAAUGGAUGCUCUUGUUAUUUGGGCCGGACUUUAU